CUCACUCACGGCGAUCGGUCGCGGCGCAAGGCCUGCUGCUCUGACAGCGGCGGAGCAGUGAACGGCAAUACGCCACGGUCGAAGGUGGUCGAAGGAGACUCGAGGAGACUCUCAGCCGAAUAAAGGCGCACGCGGCUUACUUAACAGGACACCCUUCGUUCGCGCGCGCGCGCGCGUGCGCUCGCGUUCUCCCCUUUCUCCCCCGCUCGCGCGUUCAUUUCGCACGCUCGCGCUUGCUGGUGCUCCGCGAGCAUCCGCGAGUAGCAGUCGUCAGCCGCGAUCGUCGUGAGGAGAAAAAGAGAGAGUCCGGUCCGCGCCGCUCUACGGAGGAGGACCGUUGCGCCGAUCCCGAGCCUCUCCCGAUGAUAGUGCUCGCUGGCCGUGUCACCGGUGUAUUUUUUUUCUUUUCGCACGAUUGGCGGACGGCAAUUCGUCGCCGCGACGAUCUCCGGUAAUCGCGAGAAGACGCGUCGUCGUCGCGCCCCGCGUGCCAGCGCGACUUUCGCCGAUUAUGGAUAGGAGAGAGCGUGGUGACGAGCAGCGCAAGCAGUGCCCAUCUCUGCGAAUCUGCAGUCUGUGAACCAUAUUGUAGGCGGUGGAGAACGGCGGACACAGUCGCGGGGGGCGACGUGCUCACCAGGAGCUGUCACUCCAGGUAGAGAUUGACUAUCGGGACGCAAAAUGGUAUCGAGGCGGAAGAUACUUUCGCGUUCGCGAGAUAAUCUCGUGGAGUCGCAAUACGAGGAUCAGGAUGAGGAAGACGUAUGGUAUAACUUGGAUAAAUUGUACAAGGAUCAUAUACAAGAGGUCUUAGAUAAAUGGAAUCAAAUAGACGAUGAAAUUUGGGCGAAAGUUAUCGUCUUCGAGAGAAAUAGACGAGUCGCAAAAGCAUAUGCCAGGGCUCCCGUCCUCACGAUAAACGGCUCGAAUGACGGAUUCGAUGGAUUCAGGAUAGGGCUUUGCGGAUUCGAUAAUCCCAUGCGAGAUUCGAAAACGGAGGAGGCAAAGCGUCACAUAAACCAGGGCGUUAAAAUAAAGAUGGAUGAGCAGGGCAACAUUCUCAUCAAGAGAUUAUGUAAAAAUAACGUGUACGUGAAAUCAACGAAUCAGGAGGACAACGCGAUCGGUCCGGAGAUCAUACGUAAUUCGCAGGGUGCACUCGAGCACGAGAAACCCGGAAAGCUAUUCGACAUGAAUAAAUUCCAAACAAAUCUGUCGCGAGAAACGCGCAGGGCCUACCCGGAUAGACGGCGAUUGGAGAUGCAGUGCCUAAGUGCGAUCAUAUUCGUGAGAACGGAAGCCGACUUGCUUCAGUGCCCCGUAUGGGUGCUCAUCGUCAACGUGGUAGGAUUGGAUAUGCUCAAGUCGAAGCUCCCACCAGGUAUGCAGGAGAAAAUUUUAGCAUUACAGAGACCGGUGGAUAUAAAGAAUAGGCCUAGAAUACCAAUUCCCGAUGAGGAUCCCUACAGCGUUGCUGGCGUGUCAUCGUCCGUAGGUCCUAGCGAAAUAAUGGCGGACAGGGACUCGCGGGAGCAAAUCUACAUGCAGUCGACGAGUUACCAACAUCGGCGCGCAGAGAGACCGCCAAAAUUGCCACCUAGAGAAAAUCUCUACGGCCACGGCAUCCCCAAGCCUGAUUAUGACGAUAUAGAAGAUGAUUAUGGUAGAGCGAUGAAACACCAUAUGAUGGAGGAGAAGCGAAGUAAACACGACGAUAGAAAGAAAUAUGACGAUCCAUAUUAUUGCGGUUUACGGGCACGAGUGCCUAAUUUCGUCAAAAUGGCAAGAAACGGUCACAGCAAGUUGGGUCCUCCUCCUCCUCGAGGACAUCCCAGGACACAGCCGGCGCCGUCUUACGCGGGCGCCGCUUAUGCUAGUAGUCAAUCCUCCCAGAUAUACGGGCAUUUACCGGCCCAUCGACCACCUAUUAUGUAUCACGCCAGAAGCUUCGAAAGUGGCCUAGAUUCGGAUAACAGGAACGAGUCACCGUAUAAUCACAUAUACGGAAGGUUACCAAUCCCGACGAGAGGCGUAAUACCUCCGACCCCGCGUGCUAUGUAUAUUGGAGAGUGGGAUUAGAUGUAAGAAUUAUUUCGGCGUUUGUACUUAUAAACUCUCUCUGUAUAUUGUUAAUAUACCACAUAAAUACUCAUAUUUUUAUGCUAGCA